UGAGGGUUGAACGUGGGUAUCGCUGCAGAUAAGCUUUAUAUUAUCAAGAGACUUCAUAACAUUGCUAACAGCUGGAUAUGCUGUUCCUGUCCUAAAUAAACAUGACAACUCUCUCGUUCUCGCUCGCCCCGAAGGCGAUAUACCAACUACAUGAUGCUCUGAUGUGUCUAGCAAAAUUCGACGAUAGUGUGGCAAUAGAAGCUGAAAUUGAUCUGCUCCGUUUAAGCGUGCUCAAUUCCACUAAGACGGCCUACUCUGCGUUCGUCUUCGAGGCGGAUGGCUUUUUCGAAAAUUACUCUUUUGGUAGAGUGAGUAAUGGCAGCUCAUCUAGAACUGCUCAUCCGGAAAAGUUCAGCUGUCAGGUGUUGAUCAAGGCCCUCCUAUCAGCCUUCAAAGGGAAGACGAGUGGACGUGAUAAGGAUACUUCUGUCGAACGGUGCGAGGUUGAGCUCCAAGAAGAUCUAGAUGAAAGCGAGUGUCGACUCGUCAUCAGAUUAAUAUGUGGACUUGGCGUCAUCAAGCUCUACAAGCUAACAUAUGAACCUAUCCAUGUACAACAUGCCAUAUUCGACAGAUCCAAAGCGACAAACGAAUGGAGCAUCGAACCAAAGUACCUAAAGGAGAUAACAGAUCAUUUCGGUCCCUCGGCAGAGCAUCUAGAUAUCUACUCCGAGCAAGGCAAGGCCGUCUUCACCAGCUUCACCACGAAAAGCUCAGACGGAAAAGAAAUCCUUCGCCAGCCGGUGCACACCUCCGUAGCUAUUGAGAAAAGGGACUUCGAUUACUACUUAGCGGAAGACCAUCUCCACGUGGCCAUCCACAUGAAAGACUUCAAGGCGGCAAUAGCACAUGCUGAGACAGCAAAUGCAAAAAUCACCGCCCGAUUCACCCGUCCAUCUCGUCCCUUGCAAUUCGCCUACGAAUCCGAGGGUAUCAAAACCGAGUUCACGCUGAUGACUAGAGGAGACUCACCCGGAGAGGACGCUCCUGGCUCCUCUCGAGCAGCGCCCCAGUUAUCCGCACGUCAAACUCCUGCCCCCGUGCAGAUAAGCCAAAGGAACACAGCUCCAGAGACCGCACAAAUGCCUCCUCCCCGCAGUCGGUCAAUUCGGCCACUCACUGGGACUUCUACCCGGGCUUCACAAUCCAAUACCGAGACCCAACAACCGCCGCCAUCGAUGGAGUUCGACAGUCUGUUCGUUCCAGCGGAUGACGACAGGCAAUGGGACGUGCCAAAUGAUGAAGAUGAAGGUCCGGUCGAAGACGAGCUCGGCUGGGAUGCCACUGGAGAGCAGACAAGCACAGGCCCUGGGCUACGGGAUAUCGAACCCCGAAUGGCACAGACGAGCCACGAGGAGGAAGAGAUGGGCAUCCCGCCCACUCAGCGCAUGUCCCAGCUGCACGGCCUUGGUCUCUUCGACUGAACAGCCACCCUACACCAGACUAUGAAGAGAACCUCCCUCAGCAUGAGUGCCUCUACCUCAAUCCCGAGUAAUCACCCAACUCGUGGCACAGCCCGCACCGAGCCCAACAACCUCCCCAACCCCAUCCGGCAAAGGAAUCUGGCAACACACCCCCUUCACAUUCCCCUGCGCAUCCGUCUCAGGACCACAAUUACCAUGCUCUCCCCAACCACAGGCCACGACCGUCGUCCCAUCCACAAGUCCAAGCACAUGCUCACUCC